CUUCCGCAGGGCCAUGGGACUGUGCGUGCUGCCACGGUCGCUCCUGCCGACGUUGCUGCUGUCAGUGCUGCUCUUUGGAACCCAGGGGGCCGCUUCCUCGUCGCCACACCUCGCACAGACUACGCUCUCCCCAUCGCAGGCCUUGACGAAUGGGAGCCAGCCAGGCGCGCCUCACAACAGCACGCACCCUAGGCCGCCGGGCUCGCCAGGCUCGCCGAUCCUGCGCUCCUUCUACGUGCUUUCUGGCUUCCUCAGCCUAGCAGUGCUCUACUUCCUCAUCCGGGCCCUUAGGUUGAAGAAACCCCAGCGGAGGAGCUAUGGCCUCCUGGCUAACACUGAGGACCCCACUGACAUGGCCUCGCUGGACAGUGAUGAGGAAACCGUCUUUGAGACCAGGAACCUGAGAUGAUGUUAGGUCAGGGAGGUGGUGUUCCCAGCAGCCCUGGGGGAAGGACAAGAGACUUGGUCCACUCCCAGUGCCUACAUACCCUCCGAUUCUCCUGCUGGCCUGAGAACUCGAGUGGACCUGCCUAGCCUUCCUGAAGCCACCUCAGCCCUCUACCGCCACAGGACCACCCAGGAUGCCAGGUGCAAACCAGAGGGGCCCCCGGCAUCCCCAUCUAGGAUUCUGAGACCCUCUGGUUGGACUGUGACUUAUGCUGCUGACCCUCCCUGUGGGAACACUGCUCAGGCCUGGCAGGCAGGUGGGCUGAGGGUCCUGUGUGGGAGUGUCUUCCCCACUGGGCUGGGGACAAUAAAGGCAGCAGUGGUUCUGUA